AGCCGGUUCUCGGUCCUUGAUGGAAGUAAGGCUGAAGUGAAAACAACUGUGGCUCAGGGUGGGACUCGGAAGGCCGACGUCUUCACAUUUCCUUAGACGAUUUACCCAUUUAUUUAUUUAUUUUGUAACUCGGCCACAUGUUCACUUCAGAGUAAUCAGUCGAUAAGGGUGGAUAUUUGUGGAAAUCUGGGUGCAGUUAGUGAAGAAAUCGAGUGAAAAAGAUCAGUCAGAGAAAUGGACGAGAAGGCGUUUACGAAGGAGCUCGAUCAAUGGAUUGAACAGCUAAAUGAGUGCAAACAGCUCUCAGAAAGCAAAGUCAAGACACUGUGUGAAAAGGCUAAAGAAAUCCUUACUAAGGAGUCCAAUGUACAGGAGGUGAGAUGUCCGGUCACUGUGUGUGGAGAUGUGCACGGCCAGUUUCAUGACCUCAUGGAGCUCUUCAGAAUCGGAGGGAAGUCACCAGACACAAACUACCUUUUCAUGGGAGAUUAUGUGGACCGGGGCUAUUAUUCUGUGGAAACUGUCACACUGCUUGUCGCUCUCAAGGUAAGGUACCGUGAACGCAUUACAAUUCUCAGAGGGAACCACGAAAGUAGACAGAUCACACAAGUGUAUGGCUUUUAUGACGAGUGCCUACGGAAAUAUGGCAAUGCAAAUGUUUGGAAAUACUUCACAGACCUCUUUGAUUACCUUCCCCUAACUGCCUUGGUAGAUGGUCAGAUAUUCUGUCUUCAUGGAGGAUUGUCACCAUCCAUAGACACUCUUGAUCACAUCAGAGCGCUGGAUCGUUUACAGGAAGUUCCUCAUGAGGGACCCAUGUGUGAUUUGUUGUGGUCAGACCCAGAUGACCGUGGAGGUUGGGGUAUUUCUCCUAGAGGUGCAGGCUACACCUUUGGGCAGGACAUAUCUGAGACGUUUAACCAUGCAAACGGCCUUACCCUGGUCUCUAGAGCUCACCAGCUAGUGAUGGAGGGUUACAACUGGUGCCAUGAUCGCAAUGUGGUAACAAUUUUCAGUGCGCCAAACUACUGUUACCGCUGUGGUAACCAGGCAGCUAUCAUGGAGCUUGAUGACACCCUGAAGUACUCCUUCCUUCAGUUUGAUCCAGCCCCUCGCAGAGGAGAGCCGCACGUCACCCGCCGAACCCCUGACUACUUCUUGUGAAUCCUUCAACUGCACAUUAUUACCAUGAUAUAAUAAUCUUCAGUCAGUUUAAACUAAGAUGAGAGGAAUGAGCAACCGUGUAAAAAAAGACGCAGUUUAUUCAAAUUAAAGUGAAAACUGAUCCAUUGAAAAAUGUCUGUGGACCAAAAGGUGUGUGCCAUAUAUCCAAAACUGAUGUAGAACACCACGACCAUAAGAAAUCAGGCGUAAAUCCUCAUUUCUCUGUCAACUCUCGCUUCUUUCCUCCAGACUGUAGAUAAAUGCAGUGAACGGGAUGAUAAACCGUUCUGAACCAAACAAAUGGCAACAAAAAUAUGGUUGGCAGACAAAAAUGACAUGCCAUCGUAGGAAUGCUGGCAUAACAACUUAUGAUGGUUCAAUGUCUGUAUAAAGGGUACCAGUUAAAAAAAUAAAGAUGGAUGUUGCUCCUUUA